AUGAUGAAGAAAUAUGGGGAGCAUGAGAGGAGAAGAGAUGGUGGUGGUGAUGAGAAGCGGGUUGACACGAAAACGACACGAACACUGCAAAAACGACACGAAUGCCAAGUCUACUUAGAGGGUCUAGUUCAACUCCAUGCCAUCACAGAUAAAAAGAAAGGGCAGGGUCGUGCAAUGAAGCUAAUGGGUCAAAUCAUAGGCAUUCUAUACUGGGACAUCAAGGAAACUGUGGUUAUGGCUACUGGCAAACCUUUCAAAACUAAGGGAAUAAGCAAUGGGGUGGAUGUGAUAUUACAAAGUGGCCAGGUGCGACGUGGUGCUGGGUUUAGAUUGGUUGGAAACCCUCGGUCUAAUUGGUUGGCAUUUUUAAGCAAAAGAAGUACGGAAUUUAAUAUUGGGGGAGCAUGUUAUCGAUUGGAAGUCCCCCCUAAGAGAGCAGUUGAUCACUACAUCACUCUAAUAGCAGGAACAAGGCUAAUUUCAGUAAGGCCGUAUAGUUAUGCCCAGAGUCAGAAGACCGAAAUUGAAAGUCAAGUAACCGAAAUGCUGAAAGAAAGAUUGAUCAGACAGAGCACAAGUCUGGGUAUCAUCAAAUUCGAAUGGCAGAAGAUGACAUAUCCAAAACUUCAUUUCGAACUCAUGAAGGUGUAUAGUCCCAGAGUACAUGAGCAUAUUGCUUAUCUAACCACAGUCUAUGAAGUUCUGAGCAAGCAUGGGUUGAAGGUAAAGAAAGCCAAGUGUUUUUUCGAGCAAGACUCUAUCGAUUACUUGGGUCAUCACAUCUUUGCGAGGAGUGUGGAAGUCGACAACAUGAAGAUUCAAUGCAUUAUGAAUUGGCCUAAACUGACCACUGCUAAAGGAUUACGGGGUUUUUUGUGGAAUUUGCUGGCUAUUACAGGAAGUUUGUUUGUGGCUUUGGCAUAA